AACUGCCAAAAGAGGGCGCACUGGAUAUCAACAAAGUGAUUGAAGCAGAACAGACAUUUUGUGGAAGAACGAAGAAAAGUAGAAAAACUGGCUUCUGAAGGAUAGAAAUCAUGGUUGCUUUGCUGUCAUUUGGCUUGAUGUGAUGUAACAAAAAACACCAUCUUGCAAGGAAGAACUGAUGGGAGAAGAAAGAGGGGCAGGCCAACUAGAACAUACAUGUAGAUUGAUAACAUAAGCAGUGGAUGGAAACGUUAUUUUAGCAGCUAACUAGAACAGCUGAAGACAGGAAGUUUUGGAGAACCUGUGUCUCAAGGUCAAUUUCAUCAUCGCCCCAACGACCUCCAAGCUAUGGGACAUAGAUGUCAUCUAACAUAACCCCCACCAUCUGGUCUUCUGUUUUUCAGAUGCUGUCAUAGGAUCUUUGAUGAAGCUGUAUCGGACCUAUUUGGAAACCCUGCCUGUGGAUUUUUGGCGUGCACACAGUAUCUGCUUCAUCUACUGAAUACUGUAUUAGCAGUUAUUUUUGAGGGAAUUUUAUUUUCAGGAAUCACUCAUUGAUUGCGAUGUUAACAACAUGCAAGAAUAAUUAUUUCCAGCGAGUAAUGUCCCAUGUAUAAUUCACUAAAGUAAUCACCAUCGCAUGUCGCAAAUGGUGACUAUACAUUAUAACACGAGCUAUCACUGGGUCAGGUGGCGCAGUUUGACAUCACACUGAUCGUAAUGAGGCACUUUAUUAGAUUAUUUCAUUUAUUUCUCCCGAAAUAAUUCUUAUAUUGUGAUACUUGGUAAUGAGUUCAUGGGCCAUGGAAAUAGAAUGAUAAUUAUUGAAAAGUAUAUAAUUGGUAGUGGUUGUGCCCUUACAUGAAUAUAUCAACUCACGAACCUGCCCAGUGAUCCCCUCACCAAAUACCAGUUCUUAGGAUUUGAAUCCUUGAAUGUUUCAUUGGAAGGUCUGUGAUUGAUCAUGGCUUCAAAUGAGGCUGUGUACUCUGAUCUAUCCCACUCGCUCCUUUCCAUGUGCUCGGCCCUGCUCAGUGAUAUUGAAGAGGGAAGACAGCAGACUCUGUUUGAAGGAUCAUCACAUGUGGCCCAGCAUGAGGCAUCACAACCACAGAACCGCAACUAUCAGACCCCACUUGGUGGUAUAGAGGCCUCCCACUUGGGCAGAGACAGAAUGCUUGUAUUGGACAACACAGACUAUGAUGAAGUUGGCCAAGAGAGUCCAGCUCAUGAUGAAGUUAGUCAUUUUGGGAAUCUGUUGAGCAACGAACCAGAUGGUAUUCAAAGUAGCUGUUUCAGCGAUACAUCCUCAAAGCCAACCAUUCUCGGUCAUAGUUCUGCUCCUAGGGCAAGUGGUGUGAAUACUGUAUCCGCACCUUCCUGUGAUGAAGAGAAGUCUCAGACUGAUGUCAAGUUCCUCUGCAGAGAGUGUGGCAAGGAGUUCAACCAUCAACGGUUCUACCGAGAACACUGUCGCAUCCAUACAGGAGAGCGCCCUCUUGAGUGCAAAUACUGCGGGAAGAGUUUCCGACGAAGCAAUGCCCUGUACGUUCACGAGCGUGUUCACACAAGAGAAAAACGAUACAGUUGUCGGAUUUGUAAGAAAACAUUUGGGAGAAGAGACACCUUGAAGACCCAUAUCCGCACCCACACGGGUGAGACACCCUAUAAGUGUUCCUUCUGUGACCGCAGGUUCAACCAGAGGAACGGUCGUAUCCUGCAUGAGAAAGUCCACAAAAACGACGAAACGUUCACAUGCGAUGAGUGUGGAAUGAAAUUCAGGCAGAAGUUUGGGUUGCAGAAUCACCAAAGAGCAAGUGUGGUGAACAGGAAGUGCACAGAAUGUGGUAAAGCUUGUCCUAACCUUUGUACACUCAGGGUGCAUAGGCAACAAGUUCACAACAAAAAGCUGUACUCUUGUGAUGAAUGUGGGACUUCAUUUGCUACAGAGAGAAAACUUGGAAAGCAUUGUCCCUGCAGCAGUAGUAACCAGACUGUGUUUGUAUGCAAGCGGUGUGCAAGGACAUUUGAUAACCUUCAAGAUUUGGGCAGUCAUGAAUGCUCCAAGAUCUACAGGAAUUCUUUCACAUGUGAUGUUUGUGAGCAGAACUUCAGCAGCAUUGAGGACUGGAAGACUCACCGACUUAGACAUUCUAAGAAGAAGGUGUUUCAAUGCAGUCACUGUGACAUGGUCUUCAAGGCAAAGAGAAAUCUCCUGAGGCAUACACCCUUACAUGCUAUGUUGUGCAACGGUUCUCUCUGUCCAUCGAAUCUUACCGAUGGUGAGACUAGUAGCACUGAAGUCGCAGAAGUCUCUGCUGCUCUCACAAUUGCAGAUUUAGUGAACAGAAAUAAUAACGUGCAUGGGCAGACAGAACUUUAUUCUAAUAAUGGGACAUUGACUAAUGAGGAGCAACAGCACACUUCAUGGACUACUUCAUGUGACAUUAAUAUUAGUAAUGACCAAAGUCUCCAAUCAUCCUCAAAAGCACCUGUAAUUCCUUUGCAUCCUCAUCCUGGAUCGUUGUCUAACCAAAGUCCUGCAUUUGACCUUCACUUACAGAAUAGAUCUUCCGCUGUAGUGAAUACCAACGUAAGAGAAAAUGUGGAAGAGAAAGCAUUUGUGUGCUCAGAUUGUGGCAAGUCUUUUGGGAAAAGACGGAGCUACACGGCACAUCAGAGGACACACAGGUCAGAACGUCCGCACAAGUGCGAGUUCUGCGGGAUGGGAUUCAAGCAGGCCUUGACGCUGACUCACCAUGUUCGAAAACACACGGGUGAAAAACCCUUCAUUUGUGAAGUCUGUAAUAAAUGUUUCAUUCGGAGUGAUGGACUUAGAAAUCACAUGUUGAUUCACACUGGUUCCAAACCAUACAAAUGUAUGUUCUGCGAGGAGUGGUUCGAUCAGAGGAGCAGUCGCGCUGUGCAUGAGAAAGCACACAGUGAAAAUGGCGUCACUUUGUGCGAGUCGGGCAAAGACCUUGAAGAAAAUUGUAGUUCUUUCACACAGUCACAUCUAGAUGUGUGUCUGCAGUCAUUAGACAGAGAAACAGGAGAGAAAGCCCCAACUCAGGCUCAAAUAUUUGUGUGUUUGGAAUGUGGAAAGGUGUUCAAGAAGAGACACAGCUACACAGCACAUCUGAGGACUCACAACCCAAAACGCCCUCACAAGUGCAAGUUCUGUGAGAAGUCAUUCAGGCAGUCUACAGCCCUUAGACACCAUGUCCGAAAGCACACUGGAGAAAAGCCAUUUGCCUGUCUGAUUUGCAAGAAAAACUUCAGUAGGAGUGACAGCCUUCGAACCCAUAUGUUUAUCCACACUGGUACCAAACCCUACAAAUGUAAGUUCUGUGACACUUGGUUCAAUCAAAGGGGCAGUCGCUACUCCCAUGAGACGACGCACUGUAGCAACAAGAUACCCAUCUGCUGUUAGUAUUACGGCAUCGGGAGCUGUCAAAUGUCUGGUCUCCUGACUCAUCAAAAGAAUGCCAGGAAUAUAAAAAGUGUAUCCACUAGUAAUGAUAAUAAUCACAUUUGUAUAGCCCUUUAUACUACAUUUCUAAGUGCUUCACAUUAUUAUUAACUCGGCCAUUGGAUUCAAUUGGUUAUCAGCACUUGAUAGUGCCCACCCUCCGCUCCCUGGGGAGUAUUCCAACUAUUCAAGUGCACACAUGCCAAUCCAACCAUGUUCAUGUGCGCAUACUGCCGACUCUGUUAGUAAUGUGGCAUUGGCAGCUGUCAAAAGUCUCAACUUUAAUUCAUUCAGAAUCUUUUCAUUUGUGCACUAGUGCAUUGAAGUGUAUGGAAAGGGUUUAUGUAUUCACUUGAAGGAAUGUGAGCUAUAGUAUAUCAUGACUUUCAAUAUCCAUGGAUUGUAUUAUCAAACAUUUGAGGUCAAAGGUUAUCCCAGCUUUCAAAGCUUUGCUUUCCAUCUAAAUUAUUCUGAGUAAAAUUAUGAUAUACCCUAUA